ACCCCACGCAGCCCCGCGCCGACACGGAGCCGGAUGUGAAAGACGAGCCCGAACCGGAGCGCGAACAGCCCGAGCAGCCCCGGGAGCGACCGAGCGCGAAGCUCGAAGAAGGGAGCGAGGAAGGAGGAGGAGGAGGAGCGGGAGGAGGAGGAGCGCGCAGCUCCAUGCAGUUCAGCAGCAGACCGGCCAGUGCCGAGCCGGGAUACAUGGGGACAUGGCAGCAAAACACUGACACACACCUCCUGUUCAGGAUGUCCCAGCAGGCGAUCCGCUGUACUCUGGUGAACUGUACCUGCGAGUGCUUCCAGCCGGGGAAGAUACACCUGCGCACCUGUGAUCAGUGCAAACACGGAUGGGUCGCUCACGCCCUGGACAAGCUGAGUACGCAGCACCUGUACCACCCGUCUCAGGUGGAGAUCGUCCAGUCCAACGUGGUGUUCGACAUCAGCAGCCUGAUGCUGUACGGUACCCACGCGCUGCCCGUCCGCCUCAAGAUCCUGCUGGACCGACUCUUCAGCGUCCUCAAACAGGACGAGGUUCUGCACAUCCUGCACGGCCUGGGCUGGACCCUCCGCGAUUACGUCCGGGGCUACAUACUGCAGGAUGCUGCAGGCAAGGUGCUGGACCGCUGGACUAUCAUGUCCCGUGAAGAAGAAAUCAUUACCCUGCAGCAGUUUUUGCGCUUCGGAGAGACCAAAUCCAUCGUGGAGCUCAUGGCUAUCCAGGAAAAAGAGGGCCAAGCGAUCACGGUGCCCUCAGCCAAAACCGACUCCGGCAUCAGGACUUUUAUCGAAAGCAACAAUCACACUCGCAGUCCUGGCCUGCUCACGCACUUAGAAAACAGCAGCCCGUCGAGCAUCCACCAUUUCGAGAACAUUUCCAACAGCUUGGCGUUCCUGCUACCCUUCCAGUAUAUCAAUCCGGUCUCAGCUCCUCUGUUGGGGCUUCCGCCUAACGGGCUGAAUCUGGACCAAGCGGCGCUUCGACUCCGAGAGCCGAACCUGUCGAAUCAAAGCGAGCCGGUAGAGAGCAGUGAAUCGGAGGUCUCUCUGUCGCCUUUCAGAAGUAGCCAGAGUCCCACCCGAGGUGGUAUGGGAGGCAUCCUUAACUCUAUCGAGCCUAAAACGGAGCCUAAUGGAUCAUCACCCAUAUCUACAACUCCGUCUGGACAGCAGCUCCAACAACAACAAUCGCAGCAGCAGCAGAAUCAGGUCCAGCAGCAGCAGUCACAGUCCAACACCUUGAAUGACCACCACUUUGUAAAAAACGAGCCAACGAAGAGCAUCACUCACUCCUCGUACUCCUCAAAGAUGCACCGUAUGCGGCGUAUAGGCACCCCGUCGCGCAAAGGCCGCGUUUGUUGCAAUGCCUGUGGCAAGACCUUUUACGAUAAAGGAACCCUGAAGAUCCACUACAAUGCCGUGCAUCUGAAGAUCAAGCACAGAUGCACCAUCGAAGGAUGCAACAUGGUAUUUAGCUCCCUGCGUAGCCGCAAUCGCCACAGCGCCAAUCCCAACCCUCGUCUCCACAUGCCCAUGCUUCGGAACAACCGAGAUAAGGACCUGAUACGUUCCGGUUCGGGCAGUGCCACCCCUGUGAUCUCAAGUGCCAAAGGAGGGUUUGCUUUGACAAGCCCCGGGCGGCCUCCACUAGGUUUUGCGACUCCACCUCUGGAUCCCAUGAUGCAGUCCCCUCUUCAAAGUCCGCUGGUCUUCCCUUUACUGAAGUCUGUCCAUCCGGUGCAGCCAGUUCCACCCUUCUACCGUACGUUGCUCUCUCCCGCCGACAUCGUCAGUCCUCCCGUGUCCCUUCCGACGAGCCCAAUUUUACCCACGACAACCAACAGCACCUCCCUCAUGGACCACCAGCAGCAGCUCUUGGCAGCCAGCUCCAACCACAGCCACUUAUCCGAGGCGCUAUCACACCACUUUUCCUCUACCCUAAGUGCUCCAAAUACCAUCCCGACCGACCCCAUGCCCAAAAAGAAGCCUCGCAAGUCAAGCAUGCCUGUCAAGAUUGAGAAGGAUCGAGACGUUUCUGAGGAUUACGAUGACAAAGACGAUUACGAUGAUGACGAUAGCUGCCACAAUCAUCACCUUUCGUCUCACCUGCACAAUAACAUUAACGGGAACUGCAACAACAAUAACAACAGCAGCAGUGGGCAUCAAUCGCCCUCUCAAGACGAGAUGACCGAAGGUACCAGUGAGCUCCGUUGCAUGGACAGCUUCACCUCCGAGGACCAGGACCACGAACGAGACUUCGAGAACGAAUCUGAGACCUCAGAGUCUAAAAUGUUCUACCGCGAUGAGACCAUGGAUGUCGAGGACCAGCGUCAAGCCUCCGGAAGACGCCUGGACAAAGAGAAGGACGAUCUCGAGGAAGAGGGGCGGAUUUCGAAAGAGCUGGACGAGAAAAGGCAUUCCUCACCCUCGCCGCAUCAACCCGUCAUCAAGAUCAAAGAAGAACUCAACGAUCCCACAUACGACAUGUUCUGCAUGAGUCAGUACGGCUUGUACAACGGCGGGAUGGCCGCCGCAGCCGCCGCCGCCGCCAGCAUGGCCGCCUUGCACGAAAACUUUCUCACCUCCAUGGCUUACGGCUCCAGCUCUCCGAAGUUUAAUUCUCAGUCCCCUGAGGGUGACCUGUGCUCCAGCCCUGACCCGAAAAUCUGCUACGUCUGCAAGAAGAGCUUUAAGAGCUCCUACAGUGUCAAACUGCACUACAAAAACGUGCACCUGAAAGAGAUGCAUGUGUGCACGGUGGCCGGAUGCAAUGCUGCUUUCCCUUCCCGACGAAGCCGAGACAGGCACAGCUCGAACAUCAACCUCCACCGCAAACUGCUGACCAAAGAACUGGACGACUUCGUCCUGGACCCCCAGCUGACGCCCACGCCCCGGGACGUGCUGGCCGCAAAGAUCUACGGCAGGCACCACGUGUCGCGCGGCGAGGACGCCGUGUCGCCGCUGGGCAACGGUUACCGAGGCGACGGCGACUACGGCGUGCUGGACCUGAGCACGGCGUCGAGCAUCCACUCCGGCGGCAGCGUCCAGUCGUCGCGCGACUCGGACGAGGCCAGCGACGAGGGCGUGCUGCUGGACGAGCUGGAGGUCAGCGACGGAGAGGACGGCGUGCCGGGCUUGGGCGCCAACCCUCCGUCGGGCGGCGGCAUCCUUUGCACCAUCUGCCACAAAAUGUACAGUAACAAGGGGACGCUGCGGGUGCAUUACAAAACCGUCCACCUGCGCGAGAUGCACAAGUGCAAAGUGCCCGGGUGCAACAUGAUGUUCUCGUCCGUCCGCAGCCGGAACAGACACAGCCAGAACCCCAACUUACACAAAAACGCACCCUACGCCGUCGUGCUCGAUUAACCCCGCCCCUGACCACGCCCCCUAAACUCUAUCGGCGCUCCACCCCCCUGAUCCCCGGUCCCCACUGAGCCUAAAUGUGUCAAAGUGCCCGUCAGAGGAAGGUCCCUGUGUUAAAAACUCUUAUUCAAUUGUGACUUUUUGACUCUUUAUGAGAGACGUGGACGUCAGACGGACGUUUUUAUUAUUAUUAUUAUUAUUAUUAUUAUUAUUAUUUCACUCGGUUUAAAACAGCUCACGUCCUUAAUUUCUGUCCAGAUUUCGUCCAAAGAACUCUGUGUGUGUGUGUGAAUGUUGCCUGCAGAAAAUGUUACUAUCGAGAAACAAAAAAAUACAAGAAAACGAAGCGUCUCCUAGUUGUAUUUGUGUAACGAGCUUUAAAAACACAAAAAAUAAUUGUAAAAAAUAAUAAAAUGUAAACGAGUCCCGAACACGAGUCCUGAAAGCAUGAACGAUGUGUAAAUAACGUCCUGAAGCCUCUUCGGUGUAAAGCAACGACCCGUAUCGAUGUUUCUCCUCCUCCGUUCUCUGUUUGUUUGUUUGUUCGGGUUCGAAUGGAACCGGCGCUGCAGAACAGAACUUCCAGCUCGCCUCGCCGACGGACUCAUUCAUAUCAGAAGAGGAGGAAUAAAUGAACCCGGUGACUGGAUCGUUGGUGGUACGGAGCCGGCAUGCUCACGCGCUCCUGAGUGAAUCUUCGCUUCUUGUUCUCUGUUUGUUUUGUUCGUUCGUUUGUUUGUUUUUUGUUUGUUUGUUUGCACUUUUCAUUAUAUCGAGCGGGAUGUGUAAUAUUAACACGAGGGGAAAAGUCGAGCCCGAGGGGAACGUUUCGUUUUACCGUGUUUUACUCGUGUUUUACUCGUGUUUACGGAUUAUUUUUCUUUCAACCGAGACCCAGAAUUUCUGUCCAGUACAAAGUACGAACGUCUUAAUUCCAGAUCAGCGUUUAUAACGAAGCCCAGGACUCCUGAUUUAUAAUAAAAUAAAUAAAUAUUAAUAUUAA